GAUGGUUCGCCAUUGUGCAAGAAAUAGUCGCUAGAAUGGGUUCGAAGUGGGUUUGUUUGAUAGCUAUUGCGAUGGUACUACACUCGAAUCCUGUCAAAGGUACAGCAGAAGUCAUGAGCCACGUGACUGCACAUUUCGGGAAAGCGUUAGAUGAAUGCCGAGAAGAGUCAGGACUAACAGUGGAUAUACUGGAGGGAUUCCAGAAUUUCUGGAGAGAAGAUUUCGAUGUUGUACAUAGAGAGCUGGGUUGUGCUCUGAUUUGUAUGUCUAAUAAAUUCACACUUAUGCAGGAAGAUGCCAGAAUGCAUCACAUUAAUAUGCACGAUUAUAUUAAGAGUUUUCCGCAAGGUGAAUUACUUUCAACAAAAAUGGUUGAUUUAAUGCAUAAUUGUGAGAAGCAAUUUGACGAUAUCGAAGACGACUGUACUCGUGUGGUUAAGGUGGCUGCUUGUUUCAAGAUGGACGCGAAAAAAGAAGGCAUCGCACCUGAGGUUACAAUGAUAGAGGCGGUUUUGGAAAAGUAUUAAUUAUAUAUAAACGCUCUGAUAUUGUACAUAAACACUUGAAAAUUAGAAAGUGAAAAAACAAAACACUAGCGCGUUUGUUUUGUGAUUGGUUUAAGGGAAAUGCUGGUUGUAUCGCGUUUAUGAAUGUUGUUAGUCCAUACUAUUGACUUAUAACAAUCAGACGCAAUGCAACAUUUUAUCGUCUUUAGUUUUACCAUAAGAUUCACCGUUACAUAAUAAUAAAUCAAUUUCUAGUUAUUUAUAUACGUAGUAGACAAACGGGCUUACUUGAUGUUAAGUGAUAGUGCCACCCAUGGAAACUCUCAAUCCCAGAGCUAUGCUAAUUAAAACACGACAUUAACUUAAGUACUUUGCUUAAGUGUCAGGUGAAGCAACGAUUAUUCAAUAUAAUUACUGACCACUACUAAGACGCUAAUAAAUACGGCAUUUAAAUUGUGUAGGUUUUAGCAAAGUAAUGAUUGUGCACAGUUUUAAUAAUCUUAUUAUAGAAAGGAACCUAAUAUAUUGAUCUAAGUUACUAAGUAAUUUAUUUAUCACGACCUACGCUUGUAUCACGGACUUGAAAUUAAAUGUAUAUUCCGA